UGCUCAUUUUCAUUGAGAAGAAGAAACUGAAAACUCCAGAGGUUAAGCAAGUAGGAAGAGUUAUGUAUUUAUUUAUCUUAUAAGUCACGGAGUCAGUUAAUGAUUGCUAAGUCCCACGUGGGUUGCAUGUUUGGUGGGAGGCUGGACUAUGUGAUUCUUAAGACUCUCCUUCAGACUGGCUCCAAGACUCCAGCUCAGCGAUGCCUCCUGGCCUCUGGGAGAGAUGCUUCUGGCUGUGGGGACUGCUUUUCUGGCUCAGCCUUGGAAGCUCAGGGAACAUAGCUCCUACCACCCAGCCGAAGUGCACUGACUUCCAGAAUGCCAACUUCCUCGGAGGUACCAACCUCAAAGUCCAGUUUCUUCUCUUUAGCUCUUCGGACCCCAGCUGUGGGCAGCUGGUAGAAGAAAGCAGUGACAUCCAAAACUCCAAGUUUAACGUCAGUCUGGGAACCAAACUAAUUAUUCAUGGAUUCAGGGCAUUAGGAACAAAGCCUUCUUGGAUUGACAAGUUUAUUAGAACUCUCCUGCGAGCCACAGAUGCCAAUGUGAUUGCAGUGGACUGGGUUUACGGCUCUACAGGCAACUACCUUUUUGCUGUGGAGAAUGUGGUCAAGCUGAGCCUGGAGAUCUCCCGUUUCCUCAGCAAACUUUUGCAUGUGGGUAGAAACCAAGGCCUUUGGUUUCUGGAGCCUCAGGAAAGUCACUGUGGAUCAAGUGGAACCCACUGUUCAUUCCAGGAGCUGGGUGUGUCGGAGUCCUCAAUCCACAUCAUUGGUGUCAGUCUUGGGGCUCACGUUGGAGGCAUGGUGGGUCAUUUCUACAAAGGCCAGUUGGGACGGAUCACAGGUCUAGAUCCUGCUGGACCAGAGUACACCAGAGCCAGCCUAGAAGAACGCUUGGAUGCUGGGGAUGCCCGCUUUGUGGAAGCCAUUCAUACAGACACUGACUAUUUGGGUAUCCGGAUUCCUGUGGGACACGUGGACUACUUCGUCAAUGGAGGUCAAGACCAGCCUGGAUGUCCCACGUUUUUUCACGCAGGUUACAGUUACCUGAUCUGUGAUCACAUGAGAGCCGUGCAUCUCUAUAUCAGUGCUCUGGAGAACACCUGCCCCCUGAUGGCCUUUCCCUGUGCCAGCUACAAGGCCUUCCUGGCUGGAGACUGUCUGGAUUGCUUUAACCCAUUCCUGCUCUCCUGUCCGAGGAUUGGACUGGUGGAACAAGGUGGUGUCAAGAUCGAACCACUCCCCAAGGAAGUGAGAGUGUAUCUCAUGACUACAUCCAGGGCCCCAUACUGUGUGCAUCACAGUCUCGUGGAGUUUCAUUUGAAGGAGAAGAGAAAAAAGGACACCAGCAUCGAGGUCACCUUUCUUAGCAUCGGUACUACUUCCUCAGUCAAGAUCACCAUACCCAGAGAGCAGCUUGAAGGGAGAGGAGUCAUUGCCCAUCCCGACCCGCAGUGCCAGAUAAACCAAGUGAAACUCAAGCUCCAAGUUCCCAGCCGGGUUUGGAAAAAAGACAGGACUGCUAUCGUUGGAACUUUCUGCACUGCCCCUCUGCCCGUCAAUGACAGCAAGAAGACAGUCUGCAUAUCUGAGCCAGUGAGUCUGCAAGCAAACACGCCUGUUUUUCAGGACCUGAAAAUAGCCUGUGCGUAGCCCAAACCUACACAGGAGGCAGUGACCUGGAGCUUUAGAGGGCAGUGUGGCAAGAGCUAUGCUUGUGGGCACCUUAUCCCAUUCCUCUCCUACCAAGGGGGAAGGCCAAGUUCGUGGUGGUUUCCCCCAUAAGCAGUUGCUGUGGAGGGGACAGAUGACUCACCUUACAGAAUUUGAUCUCCAUCCACGGCUUACACGGUUUUGCAUAGACACCAUUUCAGCUUUCCUGUUCCUACACAACUGCAAUUGUCUCACAUCCUUAGGUAUUUAUACUUAGGAUUCAAUGGAAAACAUACGCAGAGAAAUGUUUUAAAUGAACUAUAUGGAAUAUCUGAAUCACUUUGGUUAUUUUGUUGAAAUGUAAUUCUACUACUACUAUUACAACACAGUUAUUUACAGGGCCACGGAGA